ACACAUUUCUUUGUUAUUCAGUUAAAAAACGAUAUUAUGGUUAGAAUUGAAGUGAGAUGACAAAAAUGUGAAAUUGCUGAAUUGGUAGUAUAUUUUCUUAAAGUUGUGAUAUACAAGAAAAUUUUGUAUUUACUCACGAUGAGCAAUAGUGGGCUUAAACGUUUUGUGGAGGUAGCUCAGUCGCAGCGACAGGCUUCCAAAAUUCAGCGUAAAGAUGAAGGCCCAGUCCCACCAAGAGCAAGCUCUUUCUCAAAGUCACCUCAGACACACAAAACUAACCUUCCUGAAGCAAUGGUGCUGAUGACGCCAGGAAUGCACCUCCCUCCUCUUAGUGCACCUGCUUAUGUGAAUGGCCAGAUACUCCCAUCAGUCUCACUAUCAUCCCUCUCAAAUGAAGGCCUCAAUUGGACAUGCCUUGUGUUUUACGCUCAUGAUUUUGACCCGAAAAAUGGUGGUUCAGUUAUCAGCGAGUGUUAUCUCAGUCACAGAUGGUUUAGUUUUAUAGGCUGCUCCAUAGUUCUGUGUUCAACAGACUCUUGUUAUGCUCACCUAGCAUGGAUGAAGGCUCUGAAGGCAUUGGGGACAAUAGCAUUUUAUCCAGUGCCUGACAUACCGAUGUUGGGAGACACGAGUCAUGUGGUGGCCAGGGCGUGUGGGAUGCUCAACACCAGCGAGGGAGUUGCCAGAACAGGACUUAUCCUGGUCGACCCUGCGCUCUCUGUGCACAAGGUGAUUGUCUCUGAUGAUAUUCGUGCCGGCCUGUUCACUGCAAAGUGUUACCUCACCGUCACCACCCGUCACGGUUUUUGAUUGAGCUGCAUGCUUCCUUCUGCAGUCCAGCAUAUAGGAAAUUAUUCUCGUAUGCAUUCCUGUCACAGAUUUAUUGGUACUAAGUUUUAUUGAAAACGCUUGAGAAUACCUGCCAGGUUGGGUUACUUUUAUCCUUUAUUUCAAAACAUUUACCUUGAAUGCCAUUUCUUCUUGGAUUAGGACAUCAACGCUGGGUUUAAGACUAGUGCAUUACUGCGGUUGGUGUACGGUAUUUUCAGUGCAGUUGUGUAGGACUCAAGAUCGGCAUUUCCAAGGCGAAAAGCUCACACAAAUAAAAUUUUUUGUCUAAAUUUUGUUAGUUUUGUCCAGUGCUACGUUAAUUUCGAAUAGAAGACACCCAUUUUUUGAUGUUUUGAUUCAGAACUUCACAACUUACAAACGUUCGAGCUGUUCUUCAUUUUAUGAUAAACUUAUUUGCUAUAGAUUAUUAUUGCUGUUGCGACUUCAUGACUAACUAAUUUUCAUUAUAAAUGAGGCCAAUAUUUUGAUGAUGGGUAAUCUUUGAUGUAAUUGACAGGAUUUGAUAUAAUUGACAUUACAUUCUGGAUGGAACCAGCGUAGUUGUAGUAUCCCUUAUGACGGGUAAAUAAGUAAAGUAGCAAAUCUAUUUUUUUAUCUUAUGCUGGCGCUACGAGCGCCUAUUGCUAACUCAUGGAUUUAAGUCUUUAAUCUGAAAGAUCUGUGUUUUUCUGUGUUGACCAAUCAUGUCCUAGAAUAGUUAGAAAAAUUACAUAUAUUCUUACACCUCUCAGAUACUAGAUGAAGUCUGGAUCACUGAGUGACUGAUGCAGUUUAUGUAGAUUCAGUCAUCUACUAUGUGUAUUAAAGACCUUAUCAGGAGGGUUUAACCAUCUCAUAUCGUACUGAUUCAUAUUAUUAUUAGCGUUUCACACUUCAUUUAUGCACAAUUAUAACUAAACCUUUUGAGUUGAAAAACUUAUGUUGCGAGCCUUUUAUAAUUAUUUCUAUGGUGGUAAGUUAAUGAAGUAUUCUCUUGAACACCUCGAUCUCUCUAAAGUACGGUACCGUAGUGUUAACCUUCGGUCAACUUCUUUGGUUUGAUACUCAGUAAGAGCUGCAGGCUACGAUUAUCAUUUCCAACUGUGAAAUGUCCUCGCUUAAUAUGUACCUAAGUUAUUCUGUUGUUCCUAUUAGGUACAUUGUAAUUAGACUCUGUAAUGUAAUUACUUGAGAUGUUAGUCUGAACUUGAGUGUAUGGGCUGUUAUUGAGCCUUUAAUUUCUCCAUGACAUUCAGUCCUGAUAGAAUAUGCAGUGCUCUGUCCAGUUUGAUAACGCAUUACUGUUUCUUUUAACUUCCAUGACAAACCUGUUGGUCUUCCAUUUAUGUCAUGUGAACGUUAUUUUGUGUUUCAAAUGCUCUAUAUGUCCAGGAAAUUAUGCUUUCUUAUGCUGGAGCUCCUUAAAUGGAUUUCAAUGUUUCACUUACGUUUCUAAAGUGGGAUUCCCACAUUGUGAUUUCGGCGUCGAUCUCGAAAUCUUCCAUUAGCUAUAAACUAGUAUUAAACAGGUAUUAAAAUCAAGGUUUAUUGUAAAUGAUGCUUCAUGUUAUGCAUUACAUUUUAUUUCAAGUAUAUUAAAGUCAUGGUACUAUAUUGCAUGUGAUGCUUCAUGUAAUUCAUUACAUGUUUUUCGAGACACUUUUAUUAUUGAAACUUCUCCCGCGUGCUUCCUCCCAUAGCCCUAAAAAAUAUUUGGAAACUUAAAUGAGAAUUAU